AUGCCAAAAAUAAUAGCUGUCAUGAGCGGGAAAGGCGGUGUUGGCAAAUCGAGUGUUUCCAUUGCAAUAGCGGCUAUUGUCUCAGAAAAAUACUCGACUGUUCUUUUGGACUUUGAUAUCUGUGGGCCAAGUACAACAACAGCACUGAAUGCUACUGGCAGUCUUAUAAAAGUAGAAAAUGGAUUUAAGCCAGUAAGCUGCAGCAGUACUUUGGAUGUUCUCUCCUUUGGAUCUAUUCUCAAUCCAAGUGAUGCUGUCAUAUGGAGAGGUCCUAAGAAGCUUAUGUUUCUUAAUCUUUUUUUCAAUUCUAUUCAAAGCUACGACUAUGUGAUCAUUGAUACGCCGCCAGGUAUUUCAGAAGAACAUGAUUUUCUUGCAGACAAAGGCGUAAGUGUUAUUAUUGUUACUACUCCCCAAAAUAUCUCCUUGAAUGACACGCAAAGAUGCAUUGAAUUCUGCUUGAGCCGAAACAUUAGUAUUUUAGGAGUCAUUGAAAACAUGUCAAGUUUUAGAUGUGAGUGUUGUGGCGAGAUAGUCCAUCCCUUUGGAUCCAAAGGUGGAAAACAGCUGUCCGAUGAAUAUGGGUUGAAAUUUCUGUGUGAGCUACCGAUUGAGGCAAGAUUUUCAGGACUGAUUGAUGCAGGCAGGUUCAAGGAAGGAUACAAGACACUAGAAACGUGCGAAAUUAUCAGAAAGAUUCUUGUCGGUGAACUGUGUCUUCUCAAAUAA